AUGGUAAAGCAUAUCUUGUUCUUCGUUUCUUUUAUUUCAAUAUCUAUUGCAUUCAGAUAUGGAAACCAGAAUAAUAAUUACAAUAGACAGACAGGGUAUAAUCCCGCAGCUCCGCCAGUUUAUAAUCCACCGGUUUAUUAUUCACCUGGUGAUAUCAUUUAUGAAGAUUACGAUUCGGAAGAAGAGGGUCCCCCUGGGCCUCCAGGACCACCCGGUCCACCAGGUCCUGACGGCCCGCCUGGUCCAGAUGGACCACCGGGCCCUCCUGGUCCAGAUGGACCACCGGGCCCACCUGGUCCUCCCGCAGGUAACUUGCUUAGCUGCGACAGAAAACAGGCUCAGAUUUAUAGAAUCGGCCACAUCGAAUGCUCCAACUACCACAGUAGCACCAUCCAGCUCAACUACCGAAGUAAGGUCGUCGAGCACAACAGCAGAACCAUCCAGCUCAACUACUGA